UGAUUUUUUUAAGUGUUUCAUAUGUCCUUGGCCAAACUAAAACAGCUGAUUUUUUGAUAACAACAAAAAACCAAGAAAAACGGAAAAAUAUAAUAAAUCCCCACAAAACGCAAAAUUUUUCAUCAAAUCACAAAUAAACAAACAAACCGACAAACAUGAGUGCUUGGGAAGAUAAUGAAGAAAUUAAAUUGUUCCGCGAAUAUUUACGCAUUCCAAGUGUUCAUCCAGAUAUUGAUUAUGAACCAUGCAUAACAUUCCUACAGAAACAAGCUGAUGACUUGGGUCUUCCCCUAAAGGUAUACUAUCCUGCGGAUAAAACAAAACCUGUGGCGAUUAUAACAUGGGUGGGCACCCAGCCGAACUUGCCUUCGGUGGUCCUGAACUCCCACAUGGAUGUUGUUCCAGUAUUUGAGGACAAAUGGACCCAUCCACCAUUUGGUGCUGAAAUGGACUCGGAGGGAAGAAUAUUUGCUCGUGGCUCACAGGAUAUGAAAUGUGUUGGCAUGCAAUACCUGGCUGCCAUACGUGCCUUAAAGAAACGUGGAACAACCAUGAAACGCACAGUGCAUAUUACCUUUGUGGCAGAUGAAGAAAUCGGUGGCCACUUGGGCAUGGAAGCUUUUGUCAAGACAGAUGACUUCAAAAAACUAAAUGUGGGCUUUUCUUUGGAUGAAGGCGUUGCUGCCACAGACGAUACCUAUUUGGUAUAUUAUGCCGAGAGAUCUAUAUGGCAAAUCCAUUUCCAAAUAACUGGUACUGCUGGUCAUGGUUCCUUGUUGCUGAAAAAUACCGUGGGAGAAAAAUUCCAUUAUAUUCUAAAUAAAAUGAUGGCUUUUAGAGCUAAUGAAAGCAAGCGCUUAGAAAGUGAUGCUUCCCUGUCCAUAGGAGAUGUGACUACAGUGAAUUUGACCACUUUAAAGGGUGGUGUACAAAGUAAUGUGGUGCCUCCUUUCAUGGAUGUUUGUUUCGAUAUUCGUUUGGCCAUAACUGUAGACCAUGGGGAUUUUGAAAAACAGGUUCGUCAAUGGUGCCUUGAGGCUGGCGGUGAUAUAGAAUUAUAUUUUGAACAAAAAGAACCCAAAAUUCAAGCUACCAAAACCGACGAUUCCAACAUAUAUUGGAAAGCCUUUGAAAAUUGUUUGGUCAAUGAUUUAGGUUUAAAAAUUGUUAAACAAGUCUUCCCCGGCGGCACUGAUAGCCGUCAUUUACGUUAUGUUGGUGUUCCUGCCAUUGGUUUUUCACCCAUGAUUAAUACACCUGUUUUAUUACACGAUCACGAUGAAUUCCUCAAGGCUGAUACCUAUUUGAGAGGCAUAGAGAUCUAUGAAAAGCUUAUUCCAGCAGUUGUAAAUGUUUAGGGGAUACAGCAUGUUGGCAGGAUUUUUAAAAUGAAGUCACAAAGGAUAAAACUAUUUUUGGAGUUUUGUUAAAGUUGAAAGGAAAAAUAAAAUUAUAUAUGGUAACAA